CCAGCUUGAAUUGAUAAUGAUACAGUCUUUGCCAAACAUUCCUGGAGAUCUUGAUACACUAUUAGCGUGACGGCACUACAAGGACUGACUCUCGCACGACUAGCAAAGGCGGGGCUGUUAUCGUCGCGCCAAAGCCGAUGGCAGGCAUCACUCAAGACAUUAGCAGCGUAUUCAUCGACCACCAUUCACGGGGCGCUGUGGGUACCUUUCACGCACCAGUGUAUUUUGGGAACAAAGAAAACUUUUAUGAUGUGCUCAACACCCUUCCUAAUGCCGUGAACGCGCGAUUCAACGCAUAUCAGCGACAACAUGACCCGACCUGUCUCCCCAAUACCCGCGUCGACCUUCUUCAAGAUAUAUACAGCUGGGCUGACGGCCAAGAUGAGCGAUAUAUCUUCUGGCUAAACGGUCUGGCCGGCACGGGGAAGUCGACAAUUGCGCGUACCGUGGCCCGUAGAUACCACGAGCAGAAGCGCCUCGGAGCCAGCUUCUUCUUCUCGCGAGGCGGUGGAGAUGUGGGCCACGCAGGCAUCUUCGUCACAAGCAUUGCGUUGCAGCUGGCGAGCAGCGUGCCCUCUCUCGACCAGUACAUUUGCGAUGCAAUCAAAGAGCGGCGCGACAUCGCGAGCCAGUCUCUCCGCGAUCAGUGGCAGCAACUCGUCGUACGUCCCCUGUCGAAGCUUAGCGGAAGUGGAAGUGGUGGCCCGUUCCCAUACAUUCUCGUGGUUGAUGCGCUCGAUGAGUGCGACAAUGACAAGGACAUUCGCACCAUCGUUAACCUCUUGACUGAAGCUCGAUCGCUCAACGCCGCGUGUUUGCGGGUCUGUCUAACGAGCCGAUCUGAGGUUCCAAUUCGAAACGGAUUUGGUGAAGUGCCAGACGUUGAGCACCGGGACUUUGUACUUCACACCAUAUCGCCACAGAUCGUAGACCGCGAUAUCUCUCUUUUCCUACAGCACAACCUCAAGCUCAUCGGAAAGGAACAAUCUCUAGGCAUCGACUGGCCCGGCGCAAAAGUUAUCGAACAAUUUGUUCAGAUCGCCGGAAGUUUGUUCAUUUGGGCAGCAACAGCAUGUCGAUACAUUCAAGAUGGCCUAUGCGCAGGCGAGAAUCUGCAAAUUUUGCUAGGAGGCAGCACAUGUACCACUGCACCAGAAGAGCACCUGAAUGAGCUCUAUACUACUGUACUCAGAAGGUCUGUUCAUCAGCAUUACUCAGUAAUAGAGAAGAAAGCACUAUACAGCAUGCUACAGCGCAUUCUUGGGAGCAUUGUUGUUCUCUUCUCCCCGCUCACUGCCAGUUCGCUUCGCAGGCUACUUGAUAUCGAUAAAGACAAGAUUAACCAGGCGUUAAAGGAUCUUCAUGCAAUUCUGGAUAUCCCUAGGGACGAUGCUCACCCACUUUGCCUGCAUCAUCCUUCAUUUCGCGACUUCCUGCUCGACCCUAAAAGAUGCGCAGAUAAAGAUUUCUGGGUGGACGAGGAGCAAGCGCAUCAAAUCUUAGCCGACAGAUGUAUACAGCUCAUGUCGAUAUCGCUCAAGCAAGACAUCUGUGGUGUAGGUGAUCCCGGCAUACUUGUAGCCGAUGUCGAGAGAAGUUUCAUUAAGCAAGGUGUUUCUCCCGAAGUUCAGUACGCCUGUUGCUACUGGAUGGAUCAUGUUCAGAAGAGCGGCACUCAACUCCGCGACAACGAUCAAGUACAUGUUUUCUUGCAAGAGCAUCUUCUUCACUGGCUGGAGGCUCUUGGAUGGAUAGGAAAAAUCUCAGAUGGUGUUCAUGCCAUGGCAUCUUUAGAGUCAUUUGUUUCAACUAGUGAAUGCCCAGGACUCUGGAGCUUCGUUCACGAUGCGAAGCGGUUCGUGCUGUAUAAUCGAGUAGGGAUCGAGCAGUCUCCGCUCCAGACGUACGGUAGUGCACUUGUAUUCGCACCAGCAUCGAGCAUAGUAAGAAAGAAUUUCGAGUAUUGCAUACCUAAAUGGAUACAAAAGCUUCCAAGAGUAGAGAAUGAAUGGAAUACCUUGCUGCAGGUGCUUGAAGGCCACAUGCAGUCCGUCAACGCCGUGACUUUCUCGCCGGACGGCAAGAUGAUCGCGUCGGCAUCGGACGACAAGACCGUCAAGUUGUGGGACCCUGCUUCGGGCGCGCUGCUGCAGACGCUCGUGGGCCAUUCGGCCUCAGUCCACGAAUGUACGUUCUUACCCAACUCCAAGAGCCUGAUAUCGAUAUCGCUAGAUGGGGAGGUCAACGUCUGGAAUAGUGGCACAGGAGAUUUGCUCCUUAAGCUUAGUGAUUCGACAGCAGUCAACUCCGCCGUUUCUCAUAACAAGGAAGUGGUACCGCUGUCUGGUACCUUGCAAAAACCAGCAAUUGUACAGCACGUGAGCUUUUCUAGCACAGUUUAUGCCAACUUAAUAUCACCUAACGGCAAGCUGCGUGCGUCAUGGUCAAACAGAAACGUCACGCUACGGGAUACCAACUCGGGAGCAGAAAUUUGCACGCUUAAUCAGAGCCCCUUUUUUCCAGUUAAGGCUAUAGGCUUCUCGCAGGACAACAAGAUGCUAGCGCUAGUGUCUAGCAACGAAGUCACGCUAUGGGAUACUAAAUUGGGAGCAGAAAUUUGCACGCUUAAUCCGACCCUUUGGGACCCAGUUAAGACUAUAAGCUUCUUGUGGGACAACAAGAUGCUAGUGUUAUUGUCAAACAGAGAAGUUACACUAUGGGAUACUGAAUCAGGAACACAGCGUUGUAUGCUUAAGGACCUUUGCUGCGAACUAGUUGAGGCUAUAGGCUUCUCGCAGGACAGCAAGAUGCUAGUGUUAGUGUCAAGUAGAGAAGUUACGCUAUGGGAUACGGAAUCAGGAGCGCGACUUUGCAGGCUUAGGGACCUUUUCAACCUAGUUGAGGCUAUAGGCUUCUUGCAGGACAGCAAAAUGCUAGUGUUAGUGUUAAACAGAGAAGUUAUGCUAUGGGAUAUCAAAUUAGGAGCAGAACUCUGCAGGCUUAAGGACCUUCAGUACCUAGUCGAGGCUAUGGUCUUGUCACAGGACAGUAAAAUGGUAGCGUUGGUGUCAAACAGAGAAGUUACUCUAUGGGAUACCAACUUAGGAGCAGAACUUUGCAGGCUUAAGGGCGUUCAGGGCCUAGUUAAGGCUAUAGCAUUCUCACAGGACAACAAAAUAGUAGCAUUAGUGUUUGACAGAGAAGUCACGCUACAGUAUACCAACUCAGGAGCAGAAGUUCGCAGGCUCAGGGGCGUUCAGGGCCCAGUCAAGGCUAUGGGCUUCUCGCACGACAGAAAAAUGCUAGCGUUGGCUUCUAGUACGACGGUUAUACUGUGGGAGAUUAGCACAGGAAAGGUAAUUCAGACAUUUGAACGCUAUGCAGGGGUAAAGUUUGCCAAAGCUACUUCUUUAGACGGCAAGCUACGAGCAGAGGUAUCGGGCUCUAGGGUAGUCAGGCUCCGGAAUGAUGUUUCGGGAGAGGGAUUUCGAUCGCUUGAAGGCCAUUCUAAUCAGAUUAUAGCCCUUGACUUCUCUCCAGAUACCAAGUUGCUGGCAUCGGCAUCGAGGGACAGAACGGUCAGGCUAUGGGACACCGGCAUAAAGCCAGCUCUCCCUUCACUUGAUGCACACUGGGAUUACGUCACUGCGUUGACUUUCUCGCCAGAUGGCAAGUUUUUGGCGUCCGCAGCGAAUGACUGCAGAGCGAAGGUGUGGGACACUGACAAAAUAGCACUACUCAGAAAUUUUACCGUUCAUUUGGGUCACGUUAAUAACAUGAUCUUCUCGCCAGAUAGUAAGCUGCUGGCGUUAGCAUCGACUGACGGUACAAUCUCUCUACGAAAGGCCGCUGAGGGAACAGUUGUUGAGACUCUAAAAGGCCAUUCAACAUGCAUCAUUGCAAUGGCUUUCUCACCAGAUGGUAAGAGACUGGCGUCGGCAUCAGGCGAUAAAGCAGUUAAGCUGUGGGAUGCAGCAAUGGGAAAGGAGCUUAAGACGCUCCAGGAUCCUUCGGACCGGGUCAACGCCGUUGGCACCGUUGGCUUCUCACCGGACGGCAAGACGGUCGCGUUGGCAUCGAGCAACAAGACCGUCAAGCUGUGGGACACCGCCUCGGGCGUCCUGCUACAGACGCUCAAGGGCUAUUCUGGCCCCAUCAAUGCUGUGGCCUUUUUGCCAGACGACAAGAUACUCCACACGAACAGAGAAACCCUACUUAUUUCCUUAUCUUCUUCUGGCACGUCUGAAGCCCAAACACUGCCUCCGCCUUCCAUUUCCAUCGAAGGACAUUGGGUGCUUCGCCGUACCAAACGGAUCCUUUGGCUUCCUCCCGACCAUCGACCAAGGGUCACCACUAUUCAUGGAAGCACCAUUGGUUUUGGGUACACAUCUGGGAGAGUUGCAAUAAUUAAGUUGGCUCCAUGAAACUAUUUCGUUAGCCUCCUACUACAACGACAUUUCGCUGAUUUUACUCAAGAUCUCGACCGCGAUGUCGAUCUUUCCUCUGGUGUUGACUCUACUAUCCCUAUUAUAGCCUUCUGCGAAUGUCAAAUUGACAUGUCUAUGAGAAGUCCGAAUGUUGUUAGUUUUAUAGAUAUAGUUCCUUCUUCAAGUCUCUAAAUCACGUGAACUUCACUACAGUUACCCGCUUUAGCUUUUUGUGGUUCCAAUGUAGUACCUCUACACCAUUAGGGCUCAGAUUGAGUGGCUCACAUAUGGCGGACCAUGAAAUAAUAGAGCAGAGUACCUAAAAGAGGCACGCAAGCUCAGACGGCUAAGCUAAGACGGCCAAAGUUCGGUGUUGAUACGAAAUUGACCUGAAAUUGACGGCAAACCUACACCAAAAUGUUGCUUCGCCUCACUCACCC